GUCCCGGGUUCUGAGAAACCCGGUUACUCGUCCGCAUACAGAUCGUCACAUUUGCCUGUUGGCCAACCGCUUGUUGAUAAAGUUGCUCCGGGGUUCGAUACGGUACUCUCCGUCAUGGAGCACGCCUUUGCGCACUAUCCGGACAGACCAUGUCUCGGGACUAGGCUGUUGAAGAAAGAUGGGUCUGAUUAUGAAGACCACUUCACCUAUGCGACCUAUAGAGAAGUGCAGGAGAAGAGAAACAGAAUCGGAUCAGGCAUCAGAACCCUUGUUGGAAGGGAUGAGAAGUUUGUUGUUGGGCUGUACAGCUCAAACAGACCUGAGUGGGUUGUUACGAUGCUGGCCACACAGGCCUAUGACCUGAUCUACACGGCGUUGUAUGAUACGCUGGGCCCUACCACGUCUGCCUAUAUUCUCAACUUCACUGAAACGCCUUUGCUUGUCGUUUCAAAGGAGAAGCUACGCUCGAUCUUCCAGUUGAAGAAGAACAACGGCUUGCCACACUUGAAGUUUGUUGUUGUUAUGGAGCCUUUGGACUUGGAGAAGGAUUUCGGAUUGGUUCAAGUUGCAGAAUCAAGAGGCGUUAGAAUCUUGGACUUUAACCAAUUGGAGAACAUUGGCCGUUUGAAUCCAUUGCCUGUGAUCAAGGCUAGACCAGAAUCUACAUUCGGUAUUUCCUUCACAUCGGGUACUACAGGUAACCCGAAGGGCGUGGAAAUUACACAGUCAAUGACUGCUGCCUUCGUUGCGUUCAGUAUUUCCUCUGUGUACGUUACUGUGAAGCCCGAAGAUCAGAUUAGAGUGUUUGGCUUCCUGCCUUUGGCACAUAUCUAUGAAGUUUGUAACUUGAGUAUGCAAUUGACAACUGGUUGUUCAAUUGCAUUCCCUCCAGACCCUUCUCCUCUGAAACUGGUUGAGAACUUGGCCAUUGUUAAGCCACACAUCGUGUGCUUGGUUCCAAGAGUUUAUACCAAGAUGGAGGCAUCCUUGAAGGAAGCCAUGUCUAGUUCCUUUGUCGGACGUCAGCUUUUGAAAGGAAUUGAAAGCAAGAUUGAGCAAUCGACAGAUGAUGGUUUACCACAUUCCAUUCUUUUGGACUCUCUAGCCUUGAAGGGAGUUCGUAAGAAAUUGGGUGUAUCUGAAACAAGUAUUUUAAUCAGUGGUUCUGCUCCAAUUGGUUCUGAAACUGUUGACUUUUUGAGAAGUUCCCUGGGAACUGGGUUCUCACAAGGCUAUGGAUUGACAGAGUCAACGUCAGGUAUCUCAGUUUCAUCACCUUUUGAUAAGGAGGUUACGUGUGGUGGUAUUGCCAUCACCACCGAGUUUAGACUACGUGCUUUACCACAGAUGAAUUACCAUACACAUGAUGAAAAGGGUGUUGAGUUGGAUGAACCACAAGGUGAAUUGUUAUUACGUGGUCCCCAAAUCUUCCCUCGCUAUUUCAAGAACCCUGAGGCUACAAAGGAUACCUUUGAUGAAGAUGGGUGGUUUAAGACGGGUGAUGUUGCUAGACGUGACAGCCGUGGUCGUAUCACCAUCAUUGAUCGUGUCAAAAACUUCUUCAAACUGGCUCAAGGUGAAUACAUUACUCCAGAGCGUGUUGAAAACGCAUAUCUUGCUGUCACUCCCUUCUUGACCCAAAUCUAUGUCCAUGGUGACUCGAUGAAGACCUUCCUUGUGGCAAUUGUCGGUGUUGAACCAGAAGCAUUCAAGACACAUCUGUCACGUCAUCGUAAGACACAUCAUUUGGCACGUUUACCGAUUGAGCAGGUUUUGGAGAAGGUUAACAAUUCUCCAGAAAUCAAGAAGUUCAUCCUACAUAAAUUGGAUGACAAUGUCAAGCAUGAAGGACUUCAAGGGUUUGAAAAAUUGCACAAUGUGAAGUUUAUGAUUGAGCCUCUGAAGAUCUCUGAUGAUACCAUCACCCCAACUUUGAAGAUUAAGAGAAACAUUGCUGCAAAGUUCUUCAAGGAUUCAUUUGAACAACUGUACAAAGAAGGUUCGUUGUUGAAGAACAAUAAAUUG